AUGGUUCGUUCUGCCUAUUUGGUUGCCAUACUCGCAGGUCUCGCCACGGCCAGCCCUGCCGCUCCCGACAACCGCGCAACUCCUUGCAACGACAUUGAAAGCUGCGACUUUGACCAACAGUGCAUCCAAGGUACUUGCCAGGUUGGUGAGCCAUCCCAAUCUAGCAACACAGCCCGGUCAGCUACCCCGCAAUCUGCUGUUGUCUGCAACGCAGAGACGUGCCGCACUGCCAGCAACUACAUCUACAACUCGGACCUUGCUGUUUUGGGAACCUACUGGUCUCCUUAUUAUGGCGUCGGCGUUGCAGGCGCUUGGGUUGAAAGCUGGAAUAUUGAAGGCGUAGCUGGUGUUGUGGUGAACCCACUGCUCGGCGCUGGUGGUGUCGGCUGGCGGACGAAUGAGGUCGCGGUGCGUGCGUACUGGGCUGACGGCGGCUUCUCAUACAUUAUGGAGGAUCUUCCUGUUGGCAGGAUUGUCACUGUUCAGUUCAUGUUGAGAGACUCACAGGGUACAUAUGUAUGCACUCAGCCGAGCGUUUAUGUUCUGUAUCUCGAGGUCGACAACUACCCCAAGCAGACGUUCCGCGUGACUCCUCAUGGAGGCAAGAAACGCGAGUCCUACCGGUUCGUCGCCACGGAUAGCACGAUGAAAAUAAGAUUCUCCACCGAGAAAGAUGCCUAUGAUGGAUGUGGACCAUUUUUCACCAACGUUCAGGCCAUUGCUUAG